AUGAACUCCGUCGACGCCACCGAGCACUACGGAACCAACCCCGCCCCCUCCCUCCUCACCGUCAUCUUCGACACAAACCCGCACGCCUGGGCCCUCCUCGAGAACGAACUCCCCCUCUCCAAAGCCAUCGCCAACGUGCUCGUCUUCCUGAACGCCCACCUAGCAUGCAACUACGCCAACGAAGUCGCCGUGGUCGCAUCCCACAGCCAAAAAGCAACAUGGCUCUAUCCCCGCGAGAAUCCUUCCUCCCCGGACAACGCCAAGCACAAGGACAGCGAUGGGGACAUCACCAUGGACAAAGACAGCAAGAAGAACGGAACCUCCGCACCAACCGCCCAAGUCAAUAAAUACCGACCCUUCCGCAUCGUCGAAGAACAAGUCACCCGGAACCUGCACGCCCUGAUGUCCUCGACCUCCGCCACCGACAUCAAAUCCACCUCCGCGACCAUGAUGGCCGGCGCACUCACGCUGGCCCUCAGCCACAUCAACCGCCGCAGCAUCGCCUGGUCCGAAGCCCACGGCGGAGACACCUCGACGGCCGGCGACCCCAACAGCGGCGGCGCAGCCUCCGGCAACACGACGAACGACACUCCGGAAGGGGGCCUCCAAUCCCGCAUCCUCAUCAUAUCCGUCAGCGGGGCGUCGGACGCCGCGCACCAAUACAUCCCGAUCAUGAACGGGAUCUUCGCGUGCCAACGCCUGCACAUCCCCAUUGACGUGUGCAAAUUGCGCGGCGACGCCGUAUUCCUACAACAAGCGUCCGACGCCACAAAGGGCGCAUACAUGUCCCUCACCUCCCCGCAAGGAUUACUCCAGUACCUAAUGAUGGCGUUUCUACCAGACCAGCGCUCCCGGCGACACCUGGUGCUACCGAGUCGUGUAGACGUGGACUUCCGGGCGGCGUGUUUCUGCCACCGGAAGGUCGUGGACGUCGGGUUUGUGUGCUCGAUCUGCUUGAGUAUAUUCUGUGAGCCGCCGGAGGGCGGCGCGUGUUUGACGUGUGGGACGCAGUUGGAGAUGGGCGAGUAUGGGAAUAAGCCGGCGUUGAUUGCGAGGAAGAAGGUUAAGAAGAAGAAGGUGAGGGGCGCGAGUGCGCCGUCUGGGUCUGUGACGGGGACGCCGACACCGACACCGACGCCGGGACCCUGA